ACUAUGCACCGCGCCACCCCCGCCGACUGACGAGACUGAUCCGGAGUUAGGCGUUCCGCCUGGCCUGGCGGCGAGGAAAAAAGGCAAUUUGGAAGCAUUUAGUGGCAAAAGGGGUACGAGACGGCUGCUGAAGCGUCUACUACAUUCAGGGGACCUGGAGGGCUUACAGAUAUCCGAAAUGAACAAUGAAAAGAAAUUGUGAAAGCGCUUCCCUCAAGCCGGAACCAAUUAACUCCUGGGUCACGUGGUGCGCACGCGCCAAAGGCGCUCGAUAAAGGAAAACGCGGGCUUAUCCUGGCCUUUAAAAUCUGGCUUGGUGAACUUGGGACGCCUCCUGAAGGAGAACCAUUUUCCAUCUCUUUCAUAGCUUUUCCCCCAGUCAGCGUGGUAGCGGUAUUCUCCGCGGCAGUGACAGUAAUUGUUUCUGCCUCUUUAGCCAAGACUUCCGCCCUUGUUCAAGAUGGUGGUUGAGCGGCCUUCCUAACCUUUACGGGGCCUGGCGGUGCUGACGCCUGAGUUGGUAGGGGUGGAGCAGGUAGGAAACAGCAAAUGCAGAAGCUGCUGCGCGAGAGUCGGCCAUGGACUGGAAAGAAGUUCUUCGUCGGCGCUUAGCGACGCCCAACACCCGUCCAAACAAAAAAAAAAGUGAACAAGAAUUAAAAGAUGAAGAAAUGGAUUUAUUUACAAAAUAUUACUCCGAAUGGAAAGGAGGUAGAAAAAACACAAAUGAAUUCUAUAAGACCAUUCCCCGGUUUUAUUAUAGGCUUCCUGCUGAAGAUGAAGUGUUACUACAGAAAUUAAGAGAGGAAUCAAGAGCUGUCUUUCUACAAAGAAAAAGCAGAGAACUGUUAGAUAAUGAAGAAUUACAGAACUUAUGGUUUUUGCUGGACAAACACCAGACACCACCUAUGAUUGGAGAGGAAGCAAUGAUCAAUUAUGAAAACUUUUUGAAGGUUGGUGAAAAGGCUGGAGCAAAGUGCAAGCAAUUUUUCACAGCAAAAGUCUUUGCUAAACUCCUUCAUACAGAUUCAUAUGGAAGAAUUUCCAUCAUGCAGUUCUUUAAUUAUGUCAUGAGAAAAGUUUGGCUUCAUCAAACAAGAAUAGGACUCAGUUUAUAUGAUGUCGCUGGGCAGGGAUACCUUCGGGAAUCUGAUUUAGAAAACUACAUAUUGGAACUUAUCCCUACUUUGCCACAAUUAGAUGGUCUGGAAAAAUCUUUCUACUCCUUUUAUGUUUGUACAGCAGUUAGGAAGUUCUUCUUCUUUUUAGAUCCUUUAAGAACAGGAAAGAUAAAAAUUCAAGAUAUUUUAGCAUGCAGCUUCCUAGAUGAUUUAUUGGAGCUAAGGGAUGAGGAACUGUCCAAGGAGAGUCAAGAAACAAAUUGGUUUUCUGCUCCUUCUGCCCUAAGAGUUUAUGGCCAGUACUUGAAUCUUGAUAAAGAUCACAAUGGCAUGCUCAGUAAAGAAGAACUCUCACGCUAUGGAACAGCUACCAUGACCAAUGUCUUCUUAGACCGUGUUUUCCAGGAGUGUCUCACUUAUGAUGGAGAAAUGGACUAUAAGACAUACUUGGACUUUGUCCUUGCAUUAGAAAACAGAAAGGAACCCGCAGCUCUACAGUAUAUUUUCAAACUGCUUGAUAUUGAGAACAAAGGAUAUCUGAAUGUCUUUUCACUUAAUUAUUUCUUUAGGGCCAUACAGGAACUAAUGAAAAUCCAUGGACAAGAUCCUGUUUCAUUUCAAGAUGUCAAGGAUGAAAUCUUUGACAUGGUAAAACCAAAGGAUCCUUUGAAAAUCUCUCUUCAGGAUUUAAUCAACAGUAAUCAAGGAGACACGGUAACCACCAUUCUAAUCGAUUUGAAUGGCUUCUGGACUUACGAGAACAGAGAAGCUCUUGUUGCAAAUGACAGUGAAAACUCUACAGACCUCGAUGAUACAUGAUCUCUGAAAGACUAGACUGUCUUAUAUUAAGAGAUACUUGAAUGCUGCAUGUAAAGCCUUUAAAGCAAAAUCCUCAGAAUGGUCUAAAUAAAACACUUGAUAUGCCUAGAGAACACA